GGACUUCAUUGCUAAAAGAACUAAGCUGAUUGUGGGCAUUGACUAUGGAACCACGUACUCAGGCCUCAGCUUUGCACUUUCUAAUGCGACCGACUUCAAAGACAUAUUUCCAUGGACCAAGUACCCCGGUUCAUCCUCACAUGGUGCUGAGCACUGCGUGAAGGCACCGACAAGAGUUGCUUUCAUGGAUGAAAAUCCGGAGCUGGAUGAUAACGCAUGGGGCUAUCAGGUAGAACCUGGUAUGAAAACGUACGCCUGGACAAAACUUCUUCUCGAUAAAUCCUCUUUGGUGUCUGAAUAUGAUGAUCCUGAUCUUUACCUACCGGGCGGUAUGGACAUCAUGCAGCUGCCCAAAGGCCGAUCAGCCAAAGACGUUGCCACAGAGUACCUCAGAGGCAUGAAGGCUAUGUUUGACGAUGCCGUCAAAGAACACCUCGGCUCUCACAAGAUGGAAGAUCUACCAAUUGAGUUUUGGCUUACAGUUCCAGCAUCCUGGAGCGAGAAAGCAAAGCUGCUCACAAAAUCAGCAGCAAGAGACGCAGGAUUCGCUGCACGGCGCAUGGAUAAGAUUAUGCUUAUUUCUGAACCGGAGGCAGCAGCUCAGCUUGCAUUGAAGUCCAGCCUACAUCGUCUGGAAAGUUUUGUCAAGCCGAAUACCGGUGUAAUGGUUUGUGACUGUGGAGGAGGCACGGUGGAUAUCACUACUUAUGAAGUGGAGGAGACUCGACCAACCUUGGAACUUCGGGAAAUUGCGGUCGGCGUUGCGGGUAAAUGUGGUGGAACAUUUGUGGACAGGAACUUAUUCAAGCUAAUGGCAGACCGCUUUGGCGAUGCUUUUACAUCACUUGAGCCAGAAGAAAUAGGUCCCGGUAGUAGCUUUAUGGACCAGUUCGAGCUCAAGAAGAAAGAUUUCAGCAAGAAGACGCCGAGCAAACGUGCACAUCGUUUGAUGCUCCACAUGCCAGGCCUCAAAAUCAGCUCUUCGAUGGAGAAGUACUAUGAGAGACGGUCUUCAUCUGUUCUUCUGACCCAAGAAGAUUACAAAAUGCUCUUUGACCCAGUCAUCAAUAUGAUCAUUCGCCUAGUGGAAGAGCAGGUGAACCAAAUCAAAUUGAAGAAAGAGCGGCCCAUUGAAACCAUUGUUCUAGUUGGUGGCUUUGGAUCAUCACCAUACUUGAAAGAACAAUUGACAGAGUGGUGCCAAGAUAGAGGAAUAAGGCUAACGACACCGAUCACUGGCGCGUGGUCAGCUGUGGUUUGUGGAGCGGUUUUACGCGGAUUAGAAGGUUCCAUUGUGAGGCAAAAGAAGUGCCGAAGACAUUAUGGUUUCGGCGAACUUAUUGAUUACGAAACUGAAAUUAACUCCGAUUUUCUCUCACACUUCGAAGACAACGUACCAACAAGGCAGAGGUACACUUUAUAUUCUUGUAACUUGGAUGACGCUCCCGAAACUAUUGAGAAUGAACGAAUCGAAAAGGUCGGCGAAGUGGUGGCUACGUUAGACGGCCUUGACAAAAAUGAGCUGAAGCACGUUAAAAAGCAUGGUACCACAUAUUAUUUGCUUCCGCUGACUCUGAACAUCCGAUUGGAUGACGAAGUUGGUCACUUGGCAUUUCGGAUCUUUUAUCAAGAUAGAGAAGUUGGAAAAGCGGCGAUUAACAUCGUUGAGUAA